AGGCGCGAGAAAGGACAGCCCUGUUGUGACGUCAUGAACCCACAAGGGGGCCUUUCGCUGAAUGGCUGGCGCGCGUAGACACUGCUUUCGUAUUUCAUGGCUUGACGACUUUUACUCAAUUUAUACAUUUUUUUUCUUUUUUGAGACUCUUUGUUGAUAUUAUUCCCUAAUGGAGGAGGUCGACGUAGACCCAACAAUCACCAAUAUUCCUGCAGUCAGUCAUGGAAAACAUCUUGGGUAUGCUUGGGGCCCAGGAGAUAUUCUUGUGUAUGAGACCCUCUACAAACGUUCAGGUGGGACAGGGUCGUGUAACUCCUUCAUUCAUGAAGUCAGGAAAGACGAGGACAUCUAUUCGCCCAUACUACGCAAACUCUUCAACGAGUCGCACUACAUCUUUGUUGGCCUGCAAACCAUUCAAGAAGACAUCCCUAACAAGAACAAGAAACCCCAGUUUGUCAGCAUUAGUAAAAACUACAGAUCUAUUAUACGUGCUUGUAUUGAAGAGCUCCAGCAAAUUGCAGUUAAUAGUAAAGACCCAGCGGCAGGCAUGCAGUAUGGAAAUCAGGUGUCAAUCUUGUUGGCCAUAGAACUGAUCUGGAAUCUGUGCGAAGUGCUUUUCAUUGAUGCUGCUCCUGCGGGCUCCCUGUUGCUCCACCUCCUGGAUUGGGUCAGGCUUCAUAAGGCCGACGUGGAAGAGAAAGCAAGGCACGUGCUGCAAAGCGAGAGUCCCGCUGAGCACCGCGACUACUGGGAUGUGGUGGUAGGCUACGUGCUGCAGGGUCGCUUGGAAGAAGUCCGUCAUUUGCUGGUGAAGCAGGCCACCCUUCAGCCUGCCGCCAGGAACAUGUUCAAGCUAAUGGACAACCUGCUAAGCAGGAUGCCUUUCUACAAUCCUAUUGGCACUCAGACACUGACAGAGUUUGACGUGAAGUGGAGACAUUGGCAUGAGGAGGUGGACCGCUGUCUUCAGGACAACUCUUUCGCCAGCAACCCACACCUGGAAGUCGUAUGCAAGAUCCUAGUAGGGGAUGAAGACACUUUGUUGGAGCACAAAGAACUGCUGAGCACCUGGUACCACUUCAUGGUCACAAGACUGCUCUAUUGCCACCCCACAGUCCAACCCGCAGAGUUGCAUUUCUAUGCACAGUCGUGCAUGACCAUGUUUCUGGACCCCAGGAGCGUGCCUGAGGCGCUGGACAGCAUCUUACUAGCUGCCUUUGAGUUUGACAUCCACCAGGUCCUUAAAGACUGCAGCAUUGCACUCAACAACUGGUGGUUUGUGGCGCAUCUGACAGAUCUACUCGAUCACUGCCAGCUCCUCCAGUCUCACAAUCUUCACUUUGGCUCCAACUUGAGAGAGUUCCUGCUGUUAGAAUAUGCGUCGGGUCUCUUCACUCAUCACAGUCUGUGGCAACUGGCUGUGGACUACUUUGACCACUGCCCAGAGUUUGGCCGAGUCUACCUGGAACUGCAGAUGGAGCGCAUCCCUUUAGACACGGAGCGCAAAGCCCUCAAGGUGCUAAGGAUCUGUGAGAAAAGGCAGAUGUCAGAACAAGUGCGGAGCAUUUGCAAGAUCAUGGCCAUGCGGGCCCUGAGGAACAACAGACUUGGUUCUGCUCUUUCCUGGAGCAUCCGAGCCAAAGACGCUGCCUUUGCCACUUUAAUUUCAGAGAGGUUCUUGCAGGAUUACUGCGCUAAAGGAACCUUUUCUGAUCUGGACCUCAUAGACAAUUUAGGCCCGGCCAUGCUGCUCAGUGACAGACUCACUUUCCUCGGGAAGUACCGUGAAUUCCACAAGCUGUAUGGAGAGAAGCGCUUCAGGGAGGCGUCCAAGCUGCUCCUGUCGCUUAUGACCGCCAAAAUCGCACCCAGAAGCUUCUGGAUGACCUUGCUGACCGACGCCCUGCCACUGCUGGAGCAGGAAAAGGUCAUCUUCACAUCAGAGCAAACCUACGAGCUGAUCUCCUGUCUGGAGGAACUCACGUCCUCUUUAAACUCUGCAGCUCCUGGCGACGACACACCUCCCGCUCAGGAGGAAGACAUCGAGGUGACCAAGGUGGAGCUGCUCAGGCUCGCCCUCGCCAGGAAUCUGGCCAAGGCCAUCAUCAAUGAAGGCACCAUUGAAGUAUAAACAUCACUCAUACUCAACAAAUGCUGCAUUUUUUUCCCCAUAUGAUUCGUAUUUACAUUUCAGGUAAUAUUUUGUAUUUGAUCAUUUCCUAUUGAACAAAAUAAAUCUGUAAAUACGUGAAA